GAACCAACAAAUAAAUAAUUUGCUUUGUUUGUUUAAAGUUAAGACAGGGCGGGGGGAACAUAAUAAGGAGGUGGAGCAUCCAAAAUUGGGAAAUAUAUAAUGGUAGAUUUGGAAAGGUGGUGAAUGUCAACAUGCAAAUAAAUGUAUUGACUGAUAACGAACACUAUACAGUAUUUACACAGCAAAAAUAUAUUUUCCAGGUUAGCAGUUUAAAUAUUCUAAUAACAAAUAAUUGUUCCAUAAGUCACUUAUUCUGACAGCAGUCAUCUCCCUUGAGGGGAUGAUCAUAUGUUCUGAAACAGCAUGAAAGUCUGUUUCUUUUACAUUAUAUUUUCCCGGAAAUAGUAGAGGUGGAAGAUGGGACUUCCAGUAUCUGAAGGAAGAUAACUAGGCACAGUAUCAUCACUAUUAGAAAAUGGUACAGGAGUUGUAGGGUCAUAUUAGCAAGAGCUGUGCAUCCACUGCCACCAGUUUGCAUUAGUAUGAGUGACACCUGUCCCAUCAAUCAAGGGGACCAUGGCUUCACAGAUGGAGAAGCAACAAUCGGCUGAAUUACACACUUGGUUUAAUUCAUCUCAUUGUUUUCCUACAAAUCUAAAGGGUGCUCAUUCUGCUUCUGGAGUUGAGGUAGAAGCACAAGAUGGGCUCAGGUGUAGUAUGUGCUUGUAUUUUUCUGUUCUGCCAGAGGUAUUAAGCAAAAGAAGCUGGGAUGCAUGGGAUGGGGGGCAAUCACACUCCACAGCUUUUGCCUUCUGUGGAGCAAGGAGUAUGCACUUUGUAAUCAAAUUUAAUAUUAAGCAUUUCGAUUGCAUAUGCUCUCUCCAUAGUUCAAGUGGUUGCUUUCUAUGUUUACUAACAAACAAUAAAAAUGAAUUAAAGGGAAUUAGCAAGCCAAGAGCAUGAUAAAAAGCAAUGCCUAUAGAGAAAAUGUGUGUUCAAUGUCAAAGAAGACUCACGCACCAUGAAAUCAUACCAGUAUACUGGGAUGCCAUUAUAAUGAGGGACGUAGACCAGGGAUGCUAAUACCUAAUGCCUCUUGUUCCAGGCCUCUUGUUGCCUUGCUGCCACUCACUUUUUGUCUGGUAUGUUUCUGGCAUGUUUUUAUAGAGGGACCCUUUUCAUGAUUGCAGUUUGAGGAUACACACUGCUGGCAUUUUUGUGUCGCCAAUGUCAAGCAGUAAACCUGUGGCAUGUUGAAAUCAGUCAACAGUUCUUCGAAGAUACAGCUUAUGUUUGAUUGUGUGUAAAUACAGUUAGUUAGUUGGGUUUAUCUGAUAGCCUGGCAGAAAGAGAGAGAAGCAGGACAAACUGUUUUCAGUAACUGCGCUGUUCAUACACCUGAUAAGACUGAGAGUGCUUUCGGCUGCUGAUAUGCUUUGAAUAAGGAAAGAAUAAUCACUUCCACUGGCACCAGCUUAUCAGGAAUGGAGCAAAAUGCCAACACUUUUACAUUAGCAAAAGUAAAUGUUUUAGACAUGUCAUGCCUUUUUUCCAUUUAAAUUGAAUAGUAGGGUGCUUGUGAGUAUGCAGUAAUGAAGGGGAGGACUUAUUACCUUGACUAAAGUGCAGGUGAAUAUAUUGAGAAAGAAGCCCUUGGCAACAACAACAGCUCUUUUGAUAAGUGGACUACAUCUAUUUCAAGCGUUCUUCAGAAAAUUUCAGCAUCUUUAUCCAUUCUAUUAAAUGUGUGUCCUAAUCUUAGCAGGGAGCACAUACUUUAUAUUCUGACAUAGCCAUCAUUGUUUUCAAUAAUGUGAGACCAGAAAUUUAAUCAUUGCUAUAAUGUAGAGCUAAAAGUCAUAUAAUAUUGCGAUCUUUCCCAAUAUAAUUAUUUUGUGGUGGUUUUUAAAGCAAAACAAAAGUCUUUUAGUUUAUAAAAAAAUAAAAUGCAAUGAAAUAAAGAGAAGUAUAUAAGCAGCUGUCUAAAAAAAUUAGUUUCCUACCAUAAUGUCAGGUCUAAUGUAAAUCCUAUUGAGUUCAAUGGGCCUUAUUCCCAGAUUAGUGCGUGUAGAACUGCAACCUUAAACUCUCAAUAUACGUAUAUUCAAUACACGUAUAGUGAUAUUAAUACCAUCACUUAAGUGGACAAAAACAACACAUACUUGGUAAGACAUUGUUUGAGAUUUGACUCAUUUUAUAUACAAUUAAUUAAAGUAUAUAUAAUAUUUAGCAUUACAAGCUGCUGUUUUAGUUGAUCCUUUCAGUUGAUCCUUAGGGAAGUAUGUUGUUUUGAGGCUGUUCUAAUAUCAUACUUUAAACAUGAUUAUGCUUCUCUUCCUGUAUGCAGAUAACUUUGAUGCGCUCAGGUUGAUAAAUGGUACUAUAAACCACAGUUGAUUGAUUUGGGAUUUUUAUUCAUUAUCCUCAUUGAGAUCACUGUCGCCCAUUUGUGUCAAUAGCAUUCGAUUAAUCGAGACACCCUUGUUCUGUACCUUUAACUGAGAGUGGAACUUUUAAGAGCAAAAUGUUGACAAGCUGAUAAAUGGCCCCAACUGUUCUCGUUUCAAUAGGCUUUUUGUAUGGGCAAAUAUAUAUUUCAUUGGCAAGUUUAUUUUCACAAUUUGAGACUUUCAUUUAGAGGAAAGGUCUUCAGUUUAAGGUUUAUCAAAUUUUAGGUAAAGACAACUGGCUCCAUUUGUGUGUAAAAUAAUUUAAGUACUUACUGGAGGCAAACUUCAUGCUUUAAGAGCUGUUGCUCAGAGGUUUCAUUCUUCUGCAAAGAUGUCAACUGUAAAUAUAAAAAUGCAUCACUGAAAAUGUAAUGGUUUAAAGAUUCAAACUGAAAUAAAAAUUUCUGCCUGGGGAAAACACUGCAAUCAAAAUAAAGUAGUCUUAUCUCCUCCUGAAGCAGGCAUAUUUGGAAGCAGUGCUGGAAGGCAGCAGGGCACACCACUGUUUUCUUUCAGCCACUAAUAACAUUGCCUGGAAAUCAACAAUAUUACUCCAAACCACAAAUACUAAAUUAUCGGUAAGUUACUAUUGCCAAUGACGUGGAUAAACGUGUAGCUGUACAGCCUUGCCCAUGUCAUUGAAGUAUGAUUAAACUGUUCUGAAAUGGUAACUUUUGGGCUUUCAGAAUGCCUUAUUCUUUUAAAAUCUCUGUGGUUUUUUUUAAAAAAAGUUGCAAAAGAUUGUAAAUUUUGUAAUUGUAGGUCUGGAGUUUAAGCAGCAAUCACAGCAGCAGAGAUUUUUGGGUGUGUGAUACAUCCAAGUGUGCCUUCUGGAAACCUUUUAUUUGACCCUCCCAUCAGCUGUGUAUGAGCUGAUGGAAAGUUCACUGAUUUCACUUUAAAAGGCUGGCUGGCUACAGAUUAGACCAUGGGAUGAAAGGCUAGGAGCUGGCUUAUGGCUUCUCUGUUGCUGCUGCUGCAGUGUGACUUGGAAAGAGGCUGCGCAGAUACUGCUCUGCCCCCUGUGCAGACUACAGUAGAGACAUUACAUCAGGGAUGAUGACAUAAGUCAUCUGGUCUCCAGUCUGCAAUGCCAUGGACAGUGCGACUGCUGUGAAGUCAGUGCUCAUCUACCUCAGGAAAAGAGGACCAUGUGGAAGUAAGUGAGAUGAAAGCAGCCCCAUGGCUGCAGAAACAGGCUAUAUAGGCAACAGUCCUCAAAGGAGAAGGUCUAAAAUUAGAUGCUUGUCUCACUUUCCUGCGACUGUGGUCCUACAACUUGGAGAAGGGAUGUAGCUCAGCGGUAAAGGACAUUAUUUGCAUGUAAAGGACCUAGUUUUAGGAAAGGGUCGUAGCUUAGUGGUAGAGCACCAGCUUUGCAUUCAGAAAUUCCCAGGUUCAUUCUCUGGCAUUUCCCGCUAGAACUGGCAAUAUCCUUGUCUGAAACCCUGGAGAUUUGCUAACAAUCAUUGUAGUUAAUAUUGAACUAAAUGCACCAAGUAAAAGUGACUUUUGUAACUUCCUAAGUUUUGUGGCAAAGCAUAGAUGCAGGGAUAAAUAGGCUCCUAUGCAUUUAUUCUUCAGUCUCAGGACAGUGCUCUUAACAUGUGCUAGGCAGACAUUAGGGUCAGAUUUGACCGGGCCUCGUUAGCAGAGAGUAAAUGGGCAAGAUAGAACAUCUAUAGUAGCUACCAAGGUAUUGCACAAAUAAUGGGCAUAAAGGCUGUCACGAGAAAGAGCGAGAGAGCGCUGAGAAACAAAUUGGUAUGCUAAAGGUGGUAUCUAUCCAGUACUUAAAAUAUACUGUUUAGAGAUGUAAUGUUAUUAUAAAGUGGGGGGAAAGGAGAUGUAAUGUUACACUUUUUAGUGGAAGGGGUUGAUGCUUGACAGGAAAAUUAUGUUUUCUUGUGGUAUUGAUUUAGGUUGCAAUCUUAGGCAUAUUUACUAGGGAGGACCAACUGAAAAAAAACAAGAUUUCCAUGGGCCUGCACUGUUAAGUGCUUAAACUUAUAAAGCUAUAUAAAAUUUUGGCCUGUAGAUCUAUUUUCAAUGGAUCAUGCUGAAGAUGGGAGGUAAUAAUACUUUUAGUUCUCUGUGUGUAUGUAUGUGUUUGCAGGUUCCAGAAACUUACAGGGCUAGCUGAGAAGAAUGGUCUCUUGAUCGCGCAUGUGGGCACACAUAUCACACUCUCUCCUCCUUACACUUUAAAUGUCAGUGUUCUAAUUGGCACUGAAAACGAUUCCAAUUUUUAUGUGGGGUUUGCAUAUUUAUAACACUGCAUAUUUAUAUGGGGUUUGCACUUUCAGUGCCAUUCUUCAUUCUUUAUUCAAACCACCGCAAGCAAAAUCAGAACUCAUCCGGUUGAGUUGUAUGCAAAUGUCCUUACAAAAAUUCCCUAUAAGUAGGAGGGAAUUUACUAAGUUUAUAUCUGGUAGAAAUGUUCUUCUUGUCGCGGGUCAGAAUGUAUGUGGCCUUUACAACAUGGGGGUAGAUACUUAAGUUAUUUUUCCUUAUGUAGAAUGGAAUGUAUACCAAAUGUAUUUAAUUUUUUUAUAUAUAAUAGUAGCAAAUAUGUUGGUUUUUUUAGAAAAAGUUUUAAAAGGUAUUUCGUUUUGCUGAAAAAUGUGUGCAAGCCCCUACACACUAUAGGAAAAGUACCUGAAUGUGAAUCAUGGCGAUUUUAGAAAGCUUUUAAAACUCAGAUUAGCUUUUGUUUUGGGUUCAGUAGGGCGACUUUUGUUGAUGGUCUAGGUGGGGUUAGCAGAGAUUCACUUAAAGCAGCACAAGCCAUAAACUAUCGGCAGGCUACUAGUCGGUAGCAGGUGUGAACAACAUAAAACAGGAUUAACACUGAACCAAAGUGUGCACUAAAAACAGAAGCCCUGCCUUGCUUUUACAAGGACAGUCAAACAGAAACACACUGUCACCAUGCACACUCUAUUUACUAAACACUGUCCAGUGGGCUAUGUCAAUGGUCCUGUUCAGCUGCUUCUCAUAUUCAGCUCCUCUACCUUUAUGUAUGUUUUCCCUUGAAUAGCCUAGAUUUAUUUAGCAUUUUGUUUUAUGUGCACCCAAGGAUAUGCUUUCAGCACUUCAAAAAUAAGUAAUAACGCAUUUUUGUUAUUCCUCUAUUAUUUUCAAAAAUAAUAAAAUUUCUUUUUGUCCGGAAGGAAGUUCAUGAAUUUAUAAGUAUGUUCUUGCAUUCAAAGGAACUCUGGUGUCAUUCCCGUCUUGCCGAAGUUUGAGGGUAGGGUGGGAGAGCAGAAGUGGUGUUUUUAGGGGCAAGGCAGCUUGAGCCAUGGGACUCAAAAGAACCAGGCUUCUCUGCAGAAUGUCAAGCAAGGAUCGACACAUUGAUUCUAGCUGUUCGUCAUAUAUCAAGACGGAACCAUCGAGCCCCGCCUCCUUGACGGACAGCAUCAAUCACCACAGCCCUGGUGGCUCCUCUGACGCCAGUGGGAGCUACAGUUCAACCAUGAAUGGACAUCAGAAUGGGCUAGAUUCGCCACCGCUCUACCCUUCUGCCCCAGGUCUUGGGGGUAAUGGUCCUGUCAGGAAACGAUAUGAUGACUGCUCCAGUACCAUUGCUGAAGAUUCACAAACCAAGUGUGAAUACAUGCUGAACUCAAUGCCCAAAAGACUGUGUUUGGUGUGUGGUGAUAUUGCAUCAGGGUACCACUAUGGGGUGGCUUCAUGUGAGGCCUGCAAGGCUUUCUUCAAGAGGACAAUUCAAGGUAACAUAGAAUACAGCUGCCCAGCAACAAAUGAAUGUGAAAUUACAAAACGCAGACGCAAGUCCUGCCAAGCCUGUCGUUUUAUGAAGUGUCUAAAAGUUGGCAUGCUGAAAGAAGGAGUGCGCCUAGACAGAGUACGUGGAGGUCGUCAGAAGUACAAGCGCAGAAUAGAUGCAGAAAAUAGCCCAUACCUGAAUCCUCAACUAGUUCAGCCAGCCAAAAAGCCAUAUAACAAGAUUGUCUCUCAUUUGCUGGUGGCUGAACCAGAGAAGAUCUAUGCCAUGCCCGACCCCACUGUGCCAGACAGUGACAUCAAGGCCCUCACCACUCUUUGUGACCUGGCAGACAGAGAGCUGGUGGUCAUCAUUGGAUGGGCUAAACAUAUUCCAGGAUUUUCCACUUUAUCGCUUGCUGACCAGAUGAGCCUUCUGCAGAGUGCUUGGAUGGAGAUUUUGAUUCUGGGCGUUGUAUACCGAUCACUUUCCUUUGAGGACGAGCUUGUCUAUGCUGAAGACUAUAUCAUGGAUGAAGAUCAGUCUAAAUUAGCAGGCCUUCUUGACCUCAACAAUGCCAUCCUGCAACUGGUAAAAAAAUACAAGAGCAUGAAGCUGGAGAAAGAAGAGUUUGUCACCCUCAAAGCUAUCGCGCUUGCUAAUUCAGACUCGAUGCACAUAGAAGAUGUUGAAGCCGUUCAGAAACUUCAAGAUGUCUUACAUGAGGCACUGCAGGAUUAUGAGGCCGGGCAGCAUAUGGAAGACCCACGCCGGGCUGGCAAGAUGCUGAUGACUCUGCCGCUGCUGAGGCAAACCUCCACCAAGGCUGUGCAGCAUUUCUACAACAUCAAACUGGAAGGCAAAGUCCCCAUGCACAAACUUUUUUUGGAAAUGCUGGAGGCCAAGGUCUGACAAGCACCCUGGGCCUUCCAGUCACGCACGCUGGAAUUUUAAUGAAAGGGAAAAUAAAAAAAGGAAAACCAUGACAAAGAAACUUUAGCAUCUAAAUUAAGGAAACUAAAAUGACUGCACUGAUACGUCGCAGCAAGACUGAGAAGCAGCAGCUCUUUAGAUUCCGUGUCUUCUCUGACAGUUUCCCUUUCUUGAUCUCUCUCUUCUUUUUACCGUUCUGAUUUUUCUUUUUCUUUUUCUCUCCCCGACACCCUAUGCUGCUGAAUCUUUUAAAAAGAGGUCUCUAAUAGAAGAGAGAUGGAAGCCAGGCCUGCCAAAGGAUUGAAAUCCAUAAUAUGGAUGCCAGUGAACUUAUUACGAACUACAAUACCCCAAUGACAAAGGAAUCAAAAGAGAACCAUCGUAAAUAGCAGUACAGUACAACACGAUGAACUGACUGAAUGCAGUAUUAGGUUUCACAAGAGCAGCCUCUAAUUAGACGACUUCGAUGACGACGCAUUGGCUGCUUCUUAUCAUUGCAUUUCCAUCUAGAUCAGUUACAGCCAUUUGAUUCCUUAAUUGUUUUUUCAAGUCUUCCAGAUAUUUCUUAGGUUAGCUACGAUGUAACUUUUUCAGGGAAUAGUUUGAGCUUUAUUCAUUCAUGCAAUACUAAAGAGGAAAGAUAAAUAAAUAAAUAAAUACUGCAUUUUUUUGUGCUGGCUUGAACAAUGACAAACAUUUAAUGAAGGACAAAUGAAUCCUGAAGGAAGAUUUUUUUAAAAAAAAAACCACAAAUGUUUCGGUUCUUCUUACUAACAGAAGAUUUUUUUCUACCAGCUUUACCACUUUUCAGCCAUUUGUUAACGUGGGAAUUUAUCUUACUCAAGCAAUAGUUGAAGGGAAGGUGCAUAUUAUCACGGAUGCAAUUUAUGUUGUGUGCCAGUCUGGUCUAAGACAUCCCAUUUCUUCGCAUGAGCUCCAAUUUAUAUCUUAAGUGUUCACUGAAACAAAGGAUUAGAUUACACCUACAGUAUAUCAGAGUAGUCUAACAUGUUAAGAUGCCAUGUCAAAUAGGAAUUAAAAAAAAAAAGUUAGUAAGUGCUUCUGUACGGCCAAGGUACAAUUGCUACAUCAUAUUGUGUGUUAAUUAAUAAUAUGGCUUGUCUUUACAAAAUUGCAGACUUUAUUCCAAAGUUCAACCCACUGCAACUAGCAAUAAGGCAGAAUCAGAUAUCAGAAUAGUCAGCCUCUGACCAAAUUCAAGAACCUAGCACUUGUACCCAUUAUUUAUUAAUUUGUAAAAAAUAUAUAUUAUUUUGGGUAGAUUGCCAUUUUUAAACAAACAGCCUAACCAGUAUACCUGCUUUUUCAACCAGUGUUGUCACAGCAUAAAAGUUGGUCGAUUUCAAGACUGUUAAGAGGUGUAAUCUAAUGUAGAAACUGAUUAGAUGCCCCCAGAAAACUACAGUCGCUAAAUAACCAAUAAACAAUAACCUCCAUCAAAUGCUAUACCAAUGUACCAGUGUUAGUAGCUGCUCCCUGUACUAUGUGAACAACCUUAUUCUAUGUACACAAAUGUAAUUAAAAUUGUAAUCCUAACAAACAAAGGAAAUGUAGUUCAGCUUCUCAAUGUUUCAUGUUUGCUGUGCUUUUUGGAAUUUUUUCUGUUGCAUUCAAAGACUGUUGUCUUGUUCUUGUGGUGUUUGGAUUCUUGUGGCGUGUGCUUAUAGACACAGGGUAGAAUUAGAGACAAUAUUGGAUGUAAAAUUCCUCAGGAGACUUCAGUAGUAUAUUCUAUUCCUUCUGAUAAUAAGGUUCUUCCUAGUAAUAAUUAAGAAAUUGGAAAAAAAAAUCCAACCAAGUACUCAUUAUGGACAAAUACACAUUGAAAUCAUAAUAUUUUCAAAACAAGGGAUAAUUUCUGUAACAGUUUAUUAUAGAAUACCUAUGUAUAGCUUAGAAAUAAAACUUUGAAUAUUUCAAGAUUAUAGAUAAGUCUAAUUUUUAAACGCUGUAAAUAUAGCUUUCAUCCAAUCAUCUCUCAGAUGUUGUUAUUAACUUGCUCUGUGUUGUUGCAAAACCUUUUUUUUUAAAUGCAGACACGUUUCCAAAAUUAUUGCUACUCGUGUGCUUUAAACAAAAUACAACAGGCUGAUGAUACAUCAACCUUGUGCUAGAAAUACUGUAUAUCUCUCAUUAGCUAUAUGGGAUUCUCUUGUAGAUUGUGUUUUUCUCAGUAGAGAAGUGACUGUCGUGUGGUCCUAGAUAAAUCAUCAUUAGCAAUUCAUUCAGUUGGCCAAUAACUUGAAAUUAAUAGCGUGAUAGGAGUUUGGAAAUUGGCACGUCCCUUUUGAAAAAUGGCAAAACCUCACAACUCCUGGGGGCAGGGGAGGGAAAUGGUGCUGAUUCUAUAAAAUUAUUUAUAUAUGUAAGAGUGCAGAAUAAUUAUUUUCCAGAAAAUUUGUGCAGGGUUUAAGUUGCUACUGUUCAACUACACUAUAUAUGUAUAUAUAAAUAUCUAAUAUAAAUAUUGUUUUUGCUGUAUCGCAUUGAAGAACUUGGGUUUUCAGGGUCAAUAGCCAAUCAACACACUCAGAAAAGCCUACAAAGACUUAAAGAUGGAAUGUGUUAAAGGAACACAGUGCAAUUUUUUUAUUAUUAUUGGUUUUCAGUAAUUUUUAGAGCUGCAAUGAACAAAUAUCUCGUGGCUGUACAAUUGUUAACUGAAACACAGAUACACUGCACAGGCAUUAGAAUAACAUUCAUCUUAAACCUUGCUGAACGGAAUUUUAACUUAUUUAUUGUGAAGUAUUGGGGAAGAUUUCAAAAGGUGUUUUAGCAUAACAAAUUUCAUUUAGGGGAAUUGAUCCAGAUGGAAUUUCUCCUGCAGAAGCCAUUGAAAUUAAAGGGUAUUGUGUAAGACCUCUAUGGUCUUGUUUGGCUCCCCCAUUCAGUUCAAUGUGCAGAAGAAAUUUCUAAUAGGCUAUUUUAU